AUGGCUUCUGCCCUGUCCAUUCAUGCCGCAAGUGGUGAUCUUGAGCGGAAUACGAUCUUGGCGAUGCGAAAAGCCCACCUGCUAGAAAGCUUCCUGGUUCAAAGACUUAUCGACAAUGCACGGAAGUAUCUUGGUGAUGAUAGCUUCAUGGAGAAUAGAGCUCGAACAGCCUCCAAUGCAUGUGGUCGAACAUCGGAAAUAGCUACUUUCUCACUCUCAUCUCGACCUACCCAUCAAGCACCAGAUGUUGAGGAACAACCAAGUAAAAGACACAAACUUAGCCAAGAUAGUACUGCUCCAUGUUUGCGUUGCAGAGUUUUGAAGAAGAAGUGCGACUCUAAUCCAGUGUGUUCUCACUGUCCUAGCAAGGGUUUUGAUUAUGAGAACGAUCAUUGGAAGGUCCUUGGCUGUGUUCGUGGCUCUUUGAAGGAGAUUGCGGGGUCGAUUUGUCUAGAUUUCUCACGUGCUCCAAGCCGAGUCCUUAAGUGUCAGUCAGGCGAGCUUCUGAAGAUUGACUUCACAUUCGCAAAAUCAGGUGUUUCUCUAGGAAAGAAGAAACGAAUCGUAAAGCUUAUGCACUCUCGAAAAGAUUUUAUGGAUCUCUGUGAUUCGUCUUGGAGUGAUCUUGCCACAAGGCGUAGCUUAUCACGACAUGCUACUAUAGAACAAGCUAGCCCCGAAGAUGUCUUCAGUCCACACAGUCUAAGCAUGUCAGAAGAAUAUGAGGCCCCAUGGGCACUAAUACAGGCCGUCUCCAUGGAUUCACGUUACGUUUUACCUACUGAAUACAAUCCUUUCGCUCUGCUUCGCUUUGGCAAUGCUUAUCUUAAAGAUGGUCCAGCUUCUUGGGACUUAUUUUCGAAGUCGAAAAGCAUAUUACGACAGUCGGUCGAAAUUUACCUGCUGGAACGACUGUGCGUUCAUAUCGCUUCAGGAGACCUUACCGGCCCCCCGCCAUUUGAUCCUAGCAAGUUGCCGAUUUCCAAUAGCUUGAUUAUGGUCGAUAUCAAGACCGAUAUUGAAGAUUUCUUGACCGCAUUUGAACGAGCUUGCGCGGGUCGUUCUAGACUCACUGGACAACAACAACUAGCUUGUCUCUACUCCUUACUGGUGUUUAGUAUUGUAAAGAGCUUACUAAUAGAUGCUUAUUCGCUUCGAAAAGCUGCCGAUCUCAUCAAUCCGUGGGAUGUGACACAUGCACUUAGUAUCACUAGUGCGUUCAAAUCGAUGGUCAGCAUCUUUUGUUGGUCUUCUAAGACUGAUGCGAUACUCUCCAACAAUUUGGACAAAUGGCCAGAGCGUGGUUUUAAGACCACGAGAGACUUCCUUAUGGCCUUAGGAUCUCUAAUCCUACCCGGUGAUAAUUACAACGGGUUCUUUCGUCAAAAGUUUGGAAUUGAGAAGCUGCCAAACCACGUUCACCAAGAAACAACGUUACCCUUCUGGGCGCCAGACAAAGCUAGCUAUCUGGAUUCUUCAGAUGAGGAGGAGCAAUCAGUGCUCGUUAAUCCAAUACUAAGUCCACCAACAGACGGUACUAGCUCCUCCUUUUUCAGCUCCCAAGUACCAGAAAUUGAUCAAAGGCUGGACAGUCCAAGGACUCUUUCCCCGUCACCAUCAAUACCGAUAAUAAGCCGUAGCAGGAGCAACUCUAUCUCCACCGGCUCGGAAUCUGGUGAUUUUAGGCAAAAUUCUAGGUUCACAUUCGUGAUAAAUGAUCAGUCUGCGGAUCUUCACAAGAAAUCUCACAAGGGCCGUCGCGGUGCACUAGACGACACUACUCUUAAGAAGGUCAGAGACGUACGUAAAAUUGGCGCAUGUUGGCAUUGUUGGGCUAUGAAAGUACCGUGUUCUAACAGCAGCCCUUGCCAUCGAUGCAAGGCACGAAUGAAAGGCGAUCAUCAUCCAUGCAGUAGAGCGCCCUUCAUAUCACAAAUAUCUCUUUUCUUUCCUCAAGCACUCAACACUCGCUUUACACCGUAUUCUACGGAUGUGUAUGUCAGUGAAAACGUUGCCACAUUCAAUGCUCUCGCGCUCCCUAUUCGAAUAUCUUGGCUUGGACACCGUGAACUGGAACUUUUCGCAUCACCUUUCACGUCGACGGAGAAUUCACAGGCGCAAAUAAAGUACGACGGCCAUGCUGGAAAUGAUUUGGGCGUCGCUUCACUUCCAAUUGGCUUAUCAUCUCUUGACUUCCCAAAAGCAAGAGACGCGUGCCAAAGCCAUAUCGAAUCCUUGAUUCAAGCCCCUUCGAUCAGUCCUUGGAUGCCACUAUAUCCUAGUUCAACGAAAAGACCAGCGGGCAAGGAAAUAUUCAAACUUGUGCAUUCAUUCUACAAGUCCGGAGAAGAGACUCACGGCCUUCUUCAUGAUGUUCUAUCCUUUCACUUAAUGUUGGGGAUGAUGAGUGAACCUAUAUUAUUUACCAAUGAUUCAGCAGAGCAAAUUAUUUCUCGAGUAGGAAUUCCUCAGGACGAAUCAAACUACUACUCCUCUCGAGUUUUAGACCGACAAAUCAAGCAAAUACUCUAUGAAGACAACUUGAAAACGCUCGAAAAUAUACUCAGAAAGCUGGAAAAAGCUAUCCGAGCUCGUAACGUAUCUUCAUGGCCAGUUGUUUUUGCUUCUGUUGUACUUCUCAGCUUUUCCAUAGAAGUUAUCCAGAGCCAGGCUGCAACUUACGUCAGUACUUUGUCUCCUAGUUUGGAAAUCCCCGCAGAUGCAGAUUCCGACCCCUCGAACGCAAUGCUUAAAGAGGCAAAUGCGAUCUGUGAAUCCAUCGAGAAGGAUGCCUUUGCACAACUUUCUUACCUUUUUCACACGGUAUAUCGAACUGCUCAAAUUAAUAAAGGAGGCUUGAAUCCGUUUCAUAAUCUUGGUUCUCUAAGUACACAGGUUAAGAACUUGAUCGUACCAUUUAUUCAGAUUCUUGAAAAGCAAUCCGAAAGUAUCACCAUAAAUAAAAUUCGAGCUCUACCAUCACUGCGUGGCGGAACGCAUGCAUUCGCAUUACAAAACUCAGGGAGAUUGUUGUCUAAGUUCUUGGUACCCUUCGAGAUUGGAAACCAGUGGAUGGCAUGCGCUACGGGGCCUAUAUUGCACAUUGGCUGA